AUGAAAGCCGCGCGCUAUCACAACCAAAAGGACAUCCGCAUCGAAGACGUGGCCGUACCCUCGGUCGAGCCUGGUACGGUGGGCAUCGAUGUAGCAUACUGCGGUAUCUGCGGAACAGAUAUCCACGAGUUUAUGGAAGGCCCACUCUUCAUCCCACGCGCAGGCCACCCACACCCAAUCUCGGGCGAGUGCCUGCCAUUGACGAUGGGCCACGAGAUGAGCGGCGUCGUAUACGCGCUGGGUGCGGGCGUCACGGACCUGGCAGUGGGUGACCGUGUCGUCGUUGAGCCAUACAUCAUUCGCGACGAAGUGGACACGACGGCAAACAACAAUGCGUACCACCUAUCCAAGGACAUGAACUUUAUCGGUCUGGGCGGGUGCGGAGGCGGUCUUUCGGAGAAGAUUGUCGUCAAGCGUCGUUGGGUCCACCCGGUCGGUGACGUGCCUCUCGACGAGGCUGCCCUCAUCGAGCCCCUGUCCGUGGGCUACCACGCCUUCAAGCGCAGUGGUGGCAAGGCCGGCGACUUUGCGCUCAUCACUGGCGCUGGGCCCAUCGGUCUUCUCACCGCUGCUGUUUUGAAGGCAGAGGGUAUCACCGUCGCCAUUUCCGAGCCAUCCUCUCUCCGCAGGCAAACGGCGCUCGACACUGGUGUGGCCGCCCACGUCUUUGACCCUCGCGAGGUCGACGUCCCUGCUGCGGUCGCCAAACUCAACCACGGCCGCGGCGCCGACAUUGCCUUCGAGGCUACAUCCGUCCAGCCAGCCUUUGACACGCUCAUCGAUGCCGUCAAGCCCACAGGCGUCAUUGUUGUCAUCUCGAUUUGGAGCAAGAAGGCGUCUCUCGACAUGACCAAGCUGGUCCUCAAGGAGAUUGACCUCCGCGGGACUAUUGCGUACGUCAACAGCCAUCCCGCGACCAUCAAGCUCGUCCAGGAAGGCAAGGUCAACCUCAAGCCGUUCAUCACGAGCGUCAUUGGCCUGAAAGACCUCGUCAACGACGGAUUCGACACGCUUAUCAACCGGAACGAGACGGCAGUCAAGAUCCUCGUCGACCCCCGAAAGGUUUAA